UGCGGUUCUUCCUCCGGCCUGCAGGCGGCGCCGGCGCGUCUCUCGCGGACUCGAGCGCCGCUGACUGCAGAUGAAAUGCAGUAUGGCGGAGCGACGCUAAAAUACAACAAACCUGUGCGAAAAACAUCGGGAUAAAACCCUGAAACCCUGCCGAUUCACCGCGCAAUCCGGCCGGUCUGCGAUCAUAACCACACUCGGACCCGCGGCUCGAUAAUCGCGCUCUUUCUGUGUGUCGCUGACGGGGUUUUUGUUUCGCCGCGACACUUUUACGAUCCCAUAACAACGCGAACUAACGUAUUAUUCGUUCAUUUUCACCUUUAUUACGCUGAUACGCAUUUAAAAUACAUUUAAUUCUUCACCAAACUGCAAAUCGGUGCAGAAAUCAGAACACCGCAGGAGUGAAUGUAAAGGCUUUAUUUAUUAUUUCACCGAACGGUAAAACGAUGGAGAAAAAGCAGCAUAAAUCAGACAAACAUCACCGCCAUCACCACCAUAAUCACCACCACCACCACCAUCCUCAUCCUCAGCAGUCCUCCAGCAGCAGCAGCAGCAGCAGCGGCGCGGAGUCCGGCGGCAGCAGCCCGGCGCACGGGGCGCCCAAAGCGGCCAACGCCUUCGCCAACGACGGCAGCUUCAUGGAGCUGUUCAAGAAGAAGAUGGAGGAGGAGGAGAGGAGGAAGAGAGAGGGCGAGGAAGAGGAGAAGACGAAGAGCUCUGCUGCGGCUCCGGACAAGAAGCCGCUGAGCGCGAGCAGCUUUGUGGGCAAGCGGAGAGGAGGCGCCAGGCUGGCCCUCAAGACCGGGAUGGUGGCCAAGAAACAGAAACUCGACUCCGAGGUGGAGGCUGGGAAAGGAGACGCCUGGACGAAAUACAUGGCAGAAGUGAAAAAGUAUAAAGCGCAUCAGUGUGGAGACGACGAUAAGACCAGACCUCUGGUCAAAUAGACUGAACUGCUUCCUGUGGAGACGGGCGUCACUGCCAUUCACGCUGUCUGUUCUUCCCCUUCUGCUCUUUGUUUCCAGCUUGAGUUUUACCCUGUAUUUGCCCGUUUGUUGGAUUCUGGUUCUUUUCGAGUCGUUAUGAUUUAGCCCGUGGCAUUAGACCGAUCUCGUUCACCUUGUUGAUAUUUUGUACUCGACAUGUUUGCUACUUGAAUGUCACCUGAUGAAGAUUGACGAUGAUGAAUUAAAAUCGCAGUACCAGUUUC